AUGACUCACAACGAUAACUUCAGAGUAUUGUGUUGAUAAUAUUGUGAAAUACGUAUUCUAAUUCUCAAAUCUAUCAAUUGUUUUUUAAUAAUUUAAAACUAACUAUUUUUUUAACAAUUAACAUACAUAAUCAAUAUGAGUUAAGAUGUUUAGUAAAAAAAAGGAAAGAAAACAAGCACGAAAAUUAGAUGAUCCGUUUGGAUUUGAUUUAAUGGGCAGUUUUGAUGCCACUGAUAUCGGUAAUGAUAAUGGUGAUGAUGACCUAAAUGAUGAAGAUUUGGAGGCCGAAUUGAAUCAAUUAAUACUCAAUAACGAUGGUGUUCCUCCACGAAGACCAGAACGAAAAUCUCGACCACAGCCGAUCAAUUUGGAAAUAACAGAUGAUAUAGAAGUUGGUUCGGAUGAAGAACCUGGAGAUGAUGACGAUCCUGAACUUUUGAGUGAAUUAAAAUCUAUCGUUGGUGACAAGGAUUCGCUUAAAAGUGAAGAAAAUAUGGAAGAAACUCCCGCAACAGAACAGUCUUCUGGAGAUGCAACUAAUCAAGAUGAAAUAAUAAAGAUAUUAGAGGAAAGACUAGAAGUAUAUACAGUUGCCGAACAAAAAGCAAAAAAUAACAAUGAGAUGUCUAAAGUUAGAAGAUUCAGUAGAGGUGUUAAAACGCUUCAAGGAAUGUUACGUGAUGCCAAAGCAGGGAGAAAUGUUGAUUCAGCGGACAUUCCACCACCGCUUCCGCCAUCAGCUACUCGAGUAACUGAUAAUUCUGCUAAGCAAGGCCUAGAUAGUGUUACAAAUCCACAGGAAGUUGUUACUGAUGCUAACCCCCCAGAAAAUUCUAGUUCUGAAGCCCCAGCACCAGAAUCCGAAGCUUCAGCACCAGAACCCGAAGUUCCAGUACCAGAAACUGAAGUUUCAGCUCCAGUUAUUGAUGAAGAAAAACUAGAAUUAUUAAAAAAGAGACAGCAAGAGUAUAGAGUGGCUGCUGUAACUUGGAAACGAUGUGGAAAUAUAGAAGAAGCGGUUAAAUUAGUUAAAAUAGCAAAGCAGUUUGAUGUUGUCAUAAAUGCAUAUAGUUCAGGACAACCAGUUGAUUUAUCAGCGAUACCUUCUACACCAGAAUUACCUGGAACAACAGUUGCAAACGAUUCUCCAGCUACGCACGAAAAUGAAAAAUCAGAAAGCGAAACUCAAGAAUCAUCUGUGGCUCCAAUAACCGGUGAUGGUAUAGCUAAAGCACUACAAGACCGCUUGGAAUUUUAUCAAAAAACAAAAGUCACUGCCGAAGAGCAAGGGAAUUCUUCGAAAGCACGAAGAUACGGUCGUAUUUGUAAACAAUAUGAAAAUGCUAUCAAACUUCAUGCUCGUGGAAAACCAAUUCCUGUUGAUGAGCUUCCAGUGCCUAUAGGAUUCCCUCCAAUCGUUUUAAAUGUUCCAACUCCUGCUUCACCUGAAGUCAAAGAAGAAGAGUCACCAGAACCAUCUGAAGGUUCGAGUGAUACAAAACCAACUCCUCCGCCGCGAACUAAACCAGCAGCUCCUGGAAUUACAAAAACUCAAAAGCAAACUUUACUUCUUCAAAAACGUCAAAUAGAACUCAAACGUGCAGCUUUAAUGGCGAAAAAAAAUGGAAAUUUAGAACAAGCACGUGAUUACUUAAGACAAGCAAAAGGAAUAGAUCCAUUGAUUCAAGCUAGCCGUUGUGGACUACCAGUAGACAUGUCUUCAAUUCCACUUUCUCCUAAUGCUCAAACACAAAUGAAUGAUGAAAAUGUUAGCAGUAGUGAUGGUUUUGCAUUAAUAUCCACUACAGAUUGUGAGACUUCAGAACCUGGAACAGCUGCUGAAAUUUAUGAAAAUUUAGAAAAGUUAUUGGUAAAACAGAAAAAAACCUGUUUAGCUACAAGAGACCAUUGCAAAGCUAUUGGCGAUGUUCCAGAAUAUAAUAGAUGGGAAAGAAUGGCGUUGGGCUAUAGCCGAGAUCUUGAUAUGCUUAGAGUGCGUAAAUGGGAUGGUCUGCCACCACCACAGCAUCACUAUGAACAACGAACCCAUGCUAUAGUCAAGUGCUGUACAGACUUAACUGAUAAUGAUUUGGAAAUAUCUAUUAUCCGAGGUGUUAAUUAUUCUAAAGAAGCUGAUACAUACGUUAUAUAUGAAUUUCCUCAUCCUUCUGACCGUCCACCGUCAGAUCGAACUUCAACGAUCAAAAAUAGUUGUAAUCCAGAAUAUGAUGCAACUUUCACUCUAACAGGAAGUGUGGAUCGUUCUUCAAGACAAUGUCUAAGAGCUUUUAAACGACAUGCACUCAAGUGUCAAGUGUGGUCAAAAGGAUGCUCCACCAAUCCUUUGAUGUGUUGCCUCCAUCCCAGAGGGUUUCUGAGAAGUGAUACUUUACUUGGAACAGUUACUGUUAAGCUUCAACCACUAGAAACGCAGUGUGUCUUACACGAUUCAUUUCCGCUAAUGAAUGGAAGAAAGGCAGCUGGUGGAAAACUUGAAGUAAAAAUACGACUAAGGAAUCCCAUAGUGACGAAACAGAUUGAAAAAAUGACGGAAAGAUGGCUUGUUAUUGAUAAAUGAGGAUUUACAAAAUAAAAAAGUGCUUUAACUUAUCGCAGAAAUGGACACGGUAUUUUUUACUCAUUCGCUAUUUUAAAUUACAUAUUUUAAUCGGCAUUUUUGAAAGCUCAUGAGCAAAUGCAUCACGCAAUAAACUCUGAAAUUUUAAUUAUGCAUCAAUAAAUGUUAUAAGAGAUAAAUUUUAUUUUUUAUCAGCUAUAUUUAUGAACAAGAUAAAUAAAUAUGUAAAUAUUAAGUGCAGCAUAAAUAAAAAAUAUUU